AUGGAUGCAGCAAGAACCACCAAAAAGACAAGAAAGCGUAAAAGUACCAAAUCUUCACUGAAAAAUUCAGAGGCUAUGUUUUUUCAUAAUCUUCCUGAAUCCCUAUCAAAGUUUGAUGAGAGUAAAUUGAAGGCUCUUCAGUACAAAGAGGAGAAGAAAGUUAAAGCGAAACGAUUUUUUGACACUCGACAUUUUAUGAAAACACUAGGUGAAACUACAAUCAGAUUGUUUACCAUAAAGGAUAAUAUUUUCGGAAUGAAGGAAUUAAUUGCAAGUAUCGUUGAAAAAUCGACAAAAGACUCAACAUCAAGACCUGCAAAUGAGCUGGCAAGGCAAACUAUUAAUUUUAAAAAUCGAUACCAGGAAUUGAACGAAUCACAAACCCUUACUGAUAUAUUUGAGAAAAGUGACACUGAUUCAAAAUUGCAAAAAGCAGAUGAAAGUGAUUGUGAUGAUACUGACUUCACUUAUGAAAUUUUAUGGGCGCAAUACGCUUUAGCAAAAGCUGAAAAGGAACAAGAAGAUAUUAUUGAUCACAUUAAAGCAAUUUUUAAAGAAAGAAAGAAAAUUUGGAACAAAUUGACUCCCUAUGAACUUGCAUAUGAACGCAAAUAUUAUAAUAAGCUUUGUGAUGCACUUCCAUAG